AUGUCUCGGGGAGUGAUCCAGCCCAGCCAGCAGAAGCUGGCCGAAAAGCUCACCAUCCUCAACGACAGGGGCAUCGGGAUGCUGACCCGUGUUUACAACAUCAAAAAGCAAGGACAAGUUUGGAAGGCAUGUGGAGACCCCAAGGCCAAGCCCUCCUACCUGGUGGACAAGAAUCUGGAGUCUGCCGUGAAGUUUAUCGUGCGGAAGUUCCCUGCUGUGGAGACGCGGAACAACAAUCAACAGCUCGCUCAGUUGCAAAAGGAGAAGUCGGAGAUACUGAAGAAUUUGGCUCUGUACUACUUUACCUUUGUAGAUGUCAUGGAAUUUAAGGACCACGUGUGUGAGCUGCUUAACACUAUUGAUGCGUGCCAAGUAUUCUUUGACAUUACGGUGAACUUUGAUUUGACCAAGAACUACCUAGACUUGGUGGUGACUUACACAACACUCAUGAUCAUACUGUCACGUAUUGAGGAGAGGAAAGCCAUCAUUGGAUUGUACAACUACGCUCACGAGAUGACGCAUGGAGCCAGCGACCGUGAGUACCCCAGGCUGGGCCAGAUGAUUGUGGAUUAUGAGAACCCUCUAAAGAAGUUGAUGGAGGAGUUUGUCCCACAUGGCAAGUCUCUGUCCGACGCCCUGAUCAGCCUCCAGAUGGUGUAUCCCAGAAGGAAUCUGUCGGCCGACCAGUGGAGAAACGCCCAGCUGCUCUCGCUCAUCUCUGCUCCCUCCACCAUGCUCAACCCUGCACAGUCAGACACUAUGCCCUGUGAAUAUUUGUCCCUGGACGCAAUGGAAAAAUGGAUCGUUUUCGGAUUCAUCCUGUGUCACGCGGUGCUAAACAGCGACGCAGCAGCGUUGUCGUUGUGGAAGCUGGCACUGCAGAGCUCCACCUGCCUCUGUCUCUUCAGGGAUGAAGUCUUCCACAUCCACAAGGCCGCAGAGGAUCUUUUUGUCAACAUCCGAGGGUACAACAAGCGCAUCAAUGACAUCAGAGAAUGCAAGGAACAGGCCCUGUCUCACGCAGGCUCCAUGCACCGUGAGCGACGCAAGUUCCUCAGGUCCGCCCUCAAAGAGCUAGCUACCGUUUUGGCGGACCAGCCUGGAUUGCUGGGUCCAAAGGCGUUAUUUGUGUUCAUGGCAUUAUCGUUUGCCCGAGACGAGAUCAUCUGGUUGCUUCGACACGCCGACAACAUACAGAAGAAAAGCACAGACGACUUCAUCGACAAACAUAUUGCAGAGCUGAUCUUCUACAUGGAGGAGCUGCGAGCCCACGUGAGGAAGUACGGUCCAGUCAUGCAGCGAUACUAUGUGCAGUACCUGUCUGGCUUUGAUGCCGUUGUACUCAACGAGCUAGUGCAGAACCUGUCUGUGUGUCCAGAGGAUGAGUCCAUUAUCAUGUCUUCAUUUGUCAACACUAUGACCUCGCUCAGCGUCAAACAAGUUGAGGAUGGCGAAGUGUUCGACUUCAGAGGCAUGAGACUUGAUUGGUUCAGACUGCAGGCCUACACCAGCGUUUCCAAAGCCAGUUUAGGUAUCGCCGACCACAAGGAGCUGGGCAAAAUGAUGAACACCAUCAUCUUCCACACCAAGAUGGUGGACUCGCUAGUGGAGAUGCUGGUGGAGACCUCAGACCUUUCCAUAUUCUGUUUCUACAGUCGUGCGUUUGAGAAGAUGUUCCAACAGUGCUUGGAGCUUCCCUCGCAGAGCCGCCACUCCAUCUGCUUCCCUUUGCUUUGCACACACUUCAUGUCCUGCACACAUGAGCUCUGUCCUGAGGAGCGUCACCACAUAGGGGACCGCAGCUUGUCAUUGUGUAACAUGUUUCUCGAUGAGAUGGCCAAACAAGCCCGGAACCUCAUCACUGACAUCUGCACUGAGCAAUGUACACUCAGUGACCAGCUGCUUCCUAAACACUGCGCCAAGACCAUCAGCCAAGCCGUCAACAAGAAGAGCAAGAAGGCCACAGGAAAAAAGGGCGAGCCAGAGAGAGAGAAACCGGGAGUGGAGAGCAUGAGGAAGAACAGACUACUGGUCACCAAUCUGGACAAACUGCACACGGCGCUUUCAGAACUCUGCUUCUCCAUCAACUACGUUCCCAAUUUAGCGGUGUGGGAGCACACGUUCACGCCGAGAGAGUACCUCACUUCGCACCUGGAGAUCAGGUUUACCAAGUCCAUUGUGGGCAUGACCAUGUACAACCAAGCUACUCAGGAGAUCGCCAAACCCAGCGAGCUGCUGACCAGCGUGCGAGCCUACAUGACAGUGCUGCAGUCCAUCGAGAACUACGUCACCAUUGACAUCACACGGGUCUUCAACAACGUCCUACUGCAGCAGACGCAGCACCUGGACAGCCACGGCGAGCCCACCAUCACCAGCCUCUACACCAACUGGUACCUGGAGACGUUGCUCCGGCAGGUCAGUAACGGACACAUCGCUUACUUUCCCGCCAUGAAGGCCUUCGUCAACCUGCCCACGGAGAACGAGCUGACCUUCAAUGCGGAGGAAUACUCCGAUAUCUCUGAAAUGCGUUCGCUGUCUGAGCUGCUGGGGCCUUAUGGCAUGAAAUUCCUUAGCGAAAGCCUCAUGUGGCACAUCUCCUCGCAGGUGGCCGAGCUCAAGAAAUUAGUGGUGGAGAACAUGGAAGUGCUGACUCAGAUGAGAACCAGCUUUGACAAACCCGACCACAUGGCGGCGUUGUUCAAGAAACUCACUUCUGUGGACAGCGUCCUCAAGAGGAUGACCAUCAUCGGAGUCAUCCUCUCAUUCCGCUCGCUGGCUCAGGAAGCACUGAGAGACGUGUUAUCGUGCCACAUUCCCUUCCUGGUCAGUUCUGUGGAGGAUUUCAAGGACCACAUUCCAAGAGAGACAGACAUGAAGGUGGCCAUGAACGUCUAUGAACUGUCCUCCGCUGCCGGUUUGCCUUGCGAGAUCGACCCGGCCCUGGUGGUAGCGCUGUCGUCGCAAAAGAGCGAGAACAUCAGUCCAGAGGAGGAGUACAAGAUUGCAUGCCUGCUGAUGGUGUUUGUGGCCGUUUCCUUGCCAACGCUGGCCAGCAACGUGAUGUCACAGUACAGCCCCGCCAUUGAGGGUCAUUGUAAUAACAUCCAUUGCCUGGCCAAAGCCAUCAACCAGAUCGCCGCCGCGCUCUUCACCAUCCACAAAGGAAGCAUCGAGGACCGCCUCAAAGAGUUCCUGGCUCUGGCCUCAUCGAGCCUCUUGAAGAUUGGCCAGGAGACUGACAAGAUGACCACGCGUAACAGAGAGUCUGUUUACCUGCUGCUCGACAUGAUUGUGCAGGAGUCCCCCUUCCUCACAAUGGACUUGCUGGAAUCCUGCUUCCCAUACGUGCUCCUGCGUAAUGCCUACCACGCCGUCUACAAGCAGAGCAUCAGCGCCAACGCGUAA